AUAAUUUGAGUGAAAUCCUUAUGACCUAUGUCUGUUAUCAUAUAUAAUGACACAUUGAUCUCAACUCAUCAGUUCACUUGGAAUUUUUAGAACAUCAACCAAACAAAACUUUAGUGUUCAAAAUGUUUAUUAAGCUGGCGUGUCUUGCUAUCGUCGUUGCUGCAGUGGCAGCGGAACACGGAGAAGCAUUUUCAUCACAACAUGUCACUAAGUUCGAAGGUGUGCCAGAGGUCCGGGAAGAGCGCAUUGAAUACAACACAUAUCCAAAAUACGAGUUCGAGUACAAAGUAGACGACCCGGACACGGGCGACAUCAAGUCCCAGCAUGAGACCCGGGAUGGGGGUGAAGUCAAGGGUGUCUACUCCCUGCGACAGCCUGAUGGUCAUGAAAGAACUGUACACUACCGCGCUGAUGACCAUAAUGGAUUCCGCGCAGACAUUAAAUACGAAAUUCAUCACACGAAACAAGAAAGAGAUUGAAGAAAUUAACGUAUUGAAUAAUUAGUUUAUUACCUACAUACACUAUUGUUAUUGCUGAAUUUCUUGGGAACAGAAAUAAUGUAAACAUAGCACAAGGCAUACUGCAUAAAUAAAAUUGCAAACCAA